AUGCCUCCAAUGCCCGCUUCUGCGCAGCGGCGUGGUCCGACCUGGAUCGACAAAUUGAAGAUGGGCAUGCUCAUGGGUGGAACUGUCGGAGGAAUCAUGGGCUUCAUUUAUGGAACCGUGACGGUCUUUCAAUAUGGCGCAGGCCAGGCAGGGGUAACGCGAACCCUGGGGAAAUACAUGCUUGGAUCGGGCGCAACCUUCAGGCACUGGCGCAAGGCGAGAAUAGUGCAAGGUCGACAUCGCGGGGUCGCCGAUUUGAUUUGCAAAAAGCCACAGUUGUCGCAGGUUCGGAGACAAGCUAUGUCUUUGUUUUUCAUUCCCUCAGCCGCCACCACUGAGGUCGCCUGGAAUCCGAUCGAUCACCGAGACUUUGACAGCUCCCCACUCACUGCCUACGAGGAUCAGCCUGUCUGA